CAGGAGAGGACUGGCUGAGCCUUGUUGUGCCUGACGGAAGAGCAAGACGUCCACAAUUCAAACGCACGUGAGGGAAAUCAGAUGACUGGACUUGCAGACACUAACGGUUCUGAAACGGGUAGGUGAGCUUUCCAACCUCCUGGAUGACUGUCUCAGCCUCCGCCCGACCCCUUCCUGCGCGUCCGCUCUUCCCCUGCGCCCGCCCGCGCCCCGGCCCCGCCCCAGGCCUCGCCCCCGCUUCGCCGCCGCCGCCGCCGGCGGCCGCAGCCAGGAGCAGCCGCUCGCCUGCAGACCGGCCCCGCGGAGCCCGCGCGCCGAGCCCCACAAUGGCUUAUUCAGAAGAGCAUAAAGGUAUGCCCUGUGGUUUCAUCCGCCAGAAUUCCGGCAACUCCAUUUCCUUGGACUUUGAGCCCAAUAUCGAGUACCAGUUUGUGGAGCGGUUGGAAGAGCGCUACAAAUGUGCCUUCUGCCACUCGGUGCUUCACAACCCCCACCAGACAGGAUGUGGGCACCGCUUCUGCCAGCACUGCAUCCUGUCCCUGAGAGAAUUAAACACAGUGCCAAUCUGCCCUGUAGAUAAGGAGGUCAUCAAUUCUCAGGAGGUUUUUAAAGACAAUUGCUGCAAAAGAGAAGUCCUCAACUUAUAUGUAUAUUGCAGCAAUGCUCCUGGAUGUAAUGCCAAGGUUAUUCUGGGCCGGUACCAGGAUCACCUUCAGCAGUGCUUAUUUCAAGCUGUGCAGUGUUCUAAUGAGAAGUGCCGGGAACCAGUCCUACGGAAAGACCUGAAAGAGCAUUUGAGUGCAUACUGUCAGUUUCGAGAGGAAAAAUGCCUUUAUUGCAAAAAGGAUGUGGUAGUCAUCAAUCUACAGAAUCAUGAGGAAAACUUGUGUCCUGAAUACCCAGUAUUUUGUCCCAACAAUUGUGCGAAGAUUAUUCUAAAAACUGAGGUGGAUGAACACCUGGCUGUAUGUCCUGAAGCUGAGCAAGACUGUCCUUUUAAGCACUAUGGCUGUGCUGUAACGGAUAAACGGAGGAACCUGCAGGAACAUGAGCAUUCAGCCUUACGGGAGCACAUGCGUUUGGUUUUAGAAAAGAACGUCCAAUUAGAAGAACAGAUUUCUGACUUACACAAGAGCCUAGAACAGAAAGAAAGUAAAAUCCAGCAGCUAGCAGAAACUAUAAAGAAACUCGAAAAGGAGUUCAAGCAGUUUGCACAGUUGUUUGGCAAAAAUGGAAGCUUCCUCCCAAACAUCCAGGUUUUUGCCAGUCACAUUGACAAGUCAGCUUGGCUAGAAGCUCAAGUGCAUCAGUUAUUACAAAUGGUUAACCAGCAACAAAAUAAAUUUGACCUGAGGCCUUUGAUGGAAGCAGUUGAUACAGUGAAACAGAAAAUUACCCUGCUAGAAAACAAUGAUCAAAGAUUAGCUGUUUUAGAAGAGGAAACUAACAAACAUGAUACCCACAUUAAUAUUCAUAAAGCACAGCUAAGUAAAAAUGAAGAGCGAUUUAAACUGCUGGAGGGUACUUGCUAUAAUGGAAAGCUCAUUUGGAAGGUGACAGAUUAUAAGAUGAAGAAGAGGGAGGCGGUGGAUGGGCACACGGUGUCCAUCUUCAGCCAGUCCUUCUACACCAGCCACUGUGGCUACCGGCUCUGUGCUAGAGCAUACCUGAAUGGGGAUGGGUCUGGGAAGGGGACACACCUGUCCCUAUACUUUGUGGUCAUGCGAGGAGAGUUUGACUCACUGUUGCAGUGGCCAUUCAGGCAGAGGGUGACCCUGAUGCUUCUGGAUCAGAGUGGCAAAAAGAACAUUAUGGAGACCUUCAAGCCUGACCCCAAUAGCAGCAGCUUUAAAAGACCUGAUGGGGAGAUGAACAUUGCAUCUGGCUGUCCCCGCUUUGUGGCUCAUUCUGUUUUGGAGAAUGCCAAGAACGCCUACAUUAAAGAUGACACUCUGUUCUUGAAAGUGGCCGUGGACUUAACUGACCUGGAGGAUCUCUAGUCACUGUUAUGGGGUGAUAAGAGGACUUCUUGGGGCCAGAACUGUGGAGGAGAGCACAUUUGAUUAUCACGUUGACCUGGAUUCAGACUCAAAGCACAUUUGUAUUUGCCUUUUUCCUUAACGUUUGAAGUCAGUUUAAAACUUCUGAAGUGCUGUCUUUUUACAUUUUACUCUGUCACAGUUUGAAACUUAAAACUCUUAGAAUAUUCUCUUAUUAUUUAUAUUUUUAUAUUUCUUGAAAGAUGGUAAGUUUCUUGAAGUUUCCGGGGCAUUUCUCUUUUACUGGUGCUUAGCGCAGUGUCUCGGGCACUCUAAAUAUUGAAUGUUAUGGAGGACAUAGAGGUAGCAGAAUUCCCAGUUGAAAAUGUUUUGAUAUUUUAUUGUUUGGCCUAUUGAUUCUAGACCUGGCCUUAAGUCUGCAAAAGCCAUCUUUAUAAGGUAGGCUGUUCCAGUUAAGUAAUGGGUGAUGUAGUUACAAAGAUAAUAUGCUCAGUUUGGACCUUUUUUUCAGUUAAAUGCUAAAUAUGUGAAAAUUACUAUACCUCUAAGUAUUUUCAUAAAAUUCACCAGCAGUUUGCAAGCACAGUUUUGCAAGGCUGCAUAAGAACUGGUGAAUGGGGUAAGCAUUUUCAUUCUUCCUGCUGAAGUAAAGCAGAAAGUACUGCAUAGUAUAUAAGAUAUAGCCAGCUAGCUAAAGUUCAGAUUUCAUUAGGUCCAACCCUAUGAAAAAAAGUAUUUUCAUAGGUCAAAAAUGGUAAAAAAUUAGCAGUUUCAUAAGAUUCAACCAAAUAAAUACACACACACACAUAUACACCUAUAUAUGUGUGUAUACAAACAGUUUGAAUGUAUUUUGGCAACAGUAAUAAUGUGAGGAUGGAUAGAAUUUAGUAUACGAUAGAGAAAAUGUCAUAAAUUGAUAAAAUGAAUUUACAACUUGAGGAGAAAACCUUUACAAUUUCCUAUGGGUGUCAGAAGUACUCUCAACGAAAACUGAUGGCUAAAACAGUAUCUACUACUCUCUGAUAACUUUUAUUUUUUGAGACAGAGUUUCGUUAUCACCCAGGCUGGAGUGCAGUGGCGUGAUCUCAGCUCACUGCAACCUCUGCCUCCUGAGUUCAAGUGAUUCUCCUGCCUCAGCCUCCUGAGUAGCUGGGAUUACAGGCGCCUGUCACCACACCCGGCUAAUUUUUGUAUUUUUAGUAGAGACGGAGUUUUGCCAUGUUGGCCAAGCUGGUCUCAAACUCCUGACCUCAAGUGAUCUGCCCGCCUCGGCCUCCCAAAGUGCUGAGAUUACAGGCAUGACCCACCACGCCAAGCCUCUGACAACUUUUGAAUUCGUAAGCUGCUAUGCAAAUGGGCAUUUAUAUAAACUUGUAAUGUUUCUUGUCAGAAUUCUGAGUACUUUGUGAAGAACAGAAAUGAUCAUGCUCUUAUGCAUCUAUCUGUAUGGGUCUGAAGGUGUAUAUACAAAUUGAGAUGAGUCCUUAUGACUCUUGAUAAGCCUGAGUUUAACAAAAAUGCCAAGUUGUCCUGAGCCCUUCUGCAUUGUUAUGCCACUUCCCUACUGCUCAUAUGCACGCUGGCUCCCCUGGGCAUGCAAGGAUGAGUAUGGGCCACAGGCCCCUGUAGAACUGCUUACCUGGUGAUGACCGUGCACCUUACAAUUUCUGAACAGUUAACCCUAUAGAAGCAUGCUUUAUAUGAGUGUCUUCUGGGAAGAGGAACCUUCUUAAUCUCUUCUGUGGGAUUUUCAAAAUGCUAAAGACUCACACUGCAGCAAUCAUCCCAGAUGAUUAAAUUCAAAGAAAUAGGUUCACAACAGGAAUAUACUGAAGAACUAGAGUGUCGCUGCUGGUGAACUGUGGCACAGCUGAUGCUCAACACAUCACCUCGGACAAAUUCAGGAAGCAUUUCUUUAGCCCACAAGGCCAGACCCCAGUGUUCUGUUUGUUUGUUUUUAAUGUUCUUCAUCAUAUCCAAGUUCACUCUGUCUUCCUGAGCAGUGGAAGAUCAUAUUGCUGUAACUUCUUUUAAGUAGUUGAUGUGGAAAACAUUUUAAAGUGAACUUGUCAAAAUGCUGGUUUUGUGUUUUAUCCAACUUUUGUGCAUAUAUAUAAAGCAUGUCAUGGCAUGGUUUGCUUAGGAGUUCAGAGUUCCUUCAUCAUCAAAAUAGUGAUUAAGUGAUCCCAGAACAAGGAAUUCUAGAGUAAAAACCACCCCUUUUUCACAAAA